AUGACAUCAUUUUCAAAUUCAAUAUCAUCAGCCCCGUUCAGCAAUAAUCCUUUCCCAAGAGAUGAUUCUUUUCAGAUCUCGAUCAAUUCCUUCACUCUCUCAACAAUUUUGAGUCAAAUGAAUGUGACAUGUGGUCACGCUCAUUCUUCAUCAAUUUCUCAAACUCCAACUCCUCUUUACCAUCAACCUUCAAGUAAUACCUUCCAGAGUUAUGUCAACAACAAGCAGUCUUCUCAAUCCGUUACUCUAUCUUCAUUUUCAAGUGUGAUGGAUGCGGAAUCCUUCUCAUUUUCAUUCCGCUCAACUCAUCAUCGUCACUUACAUAACAGUUGUAGCAUCAACAACAAUCACCUCGUGUUUCCUCUCGUUCAAAAAUCACCAAUUCCAAUCUCUCCGAAGCCAUCACACCAUCAUCAUCACGACAAAAGUGGAAGUGGCUCUCUUCUUCUUCCUGAUAUUAAAUGUCCAACUCCACUCUCUCAACUUUCACUUUCAUUCACAAUUCUAUUAAUUGUGAUUCAAGACCUUCCUUGUUGUGAUGAUGGGAAAGAUGUUGCAAGAGAACAUGUCGACUCACAAUCAUCAUCCUUUCAGCAACAUUACAAAUACACACAACAUGUUCAACUGUUAGACGUGAUCAUUGAAAAGCAAAAAUCAUUACGGCAGCUUGGUGUUCUGCCCGUCCUUGUAUUUUCUGAUAAAUCAAGUGAGGAAGAAUGUUUCAUCAAUAGGAGUCAAUCUCACAUGUUUCGAAUUGUGGAUGAACAGUAUGAAUUGACAAGACAAUUAAUUGACCUUGUUUUGGAGGAAGAGGUGCAUUCCAAUUGUGUCUCUAUGAAUUCAAAUCAUGAACCUCAACAACAACAUCAACAACAACACGCAUCGACACCGUCACAACAGUUUCUGCAUCCACAGCAGACAGCUCAACUUAAUCAUCAUUCAACAACUCCCAGAAAAGGUCAUCCACAGCCAUCCUCUCACAAACACAUUUCAGAAUUUCCAAACACAACAACUCACUCCAUGAUGAACAACACAUGUCACAAUAACGUUGGAAGGGAAAGUCAUUCAAAAUUAUUACCUAAAUUGUUUCUCAUUCGUGACGGCAAACUUGUUUUCCAUUGGGACGAGAGUACAAUGAUGGACAAGAAUGAUGUAAUUGGAAAUGUCCUUUCGACCAUUGUGUUAAAACUACCUCAAUGUACCAUGUCAACAGAAGAUAUCACAUUAUCCGAUGAGAAUGAAACCAAAGGUGUAAUAAUUAAUAAUGGAAGCAACCUUAAUUCGAAAUCGUCUAAUGUGAGUUCAGAAAAGAUAAGUCCUUCGAAUGUGUCAUCCUCUUCAAAUCACCAGCAAAAUUACAUUGUUGUACCCACUGGAAUGUCACUUCAGGAUGCAUUUGGAGUAUUGACAGGGAGAUGCAGUGCUCGUUCUCAUUCCAAUGGUUCUGCAAGCGGUGGUGGCGAAGAGAAUCAUUUUCUAGGUGCUGUCCAAGUGGAGGAACCAUUUGCCACUCUUGAUUACAACAUGGGAAAAUCCAUUCAUUCACCUCAUCAUCAGCUACUAAUGCAAGAGAAUUGUCGUGACCACAAUAGUUUUGAACAAACAGAAAAUGCGGCUGACUCGACCAAUCCUGUCUCAAUUUCCCAAUUUGUUUCUGAGAUGUUCGAUACCAGAGAUGAUGAACAUCAACCAAUAGAGAAAUCUUCCAGUGUCAAGAAGCAUCAUGCACCUCUCUCUUCAAAUUUAUCGUCAUCGAUAGGCACAACUUCUCGUCACACAUGUCAAACCACAGUUUUGGAAUCCUCAUCUCCAUCCAUUCAGUUACAAUUCUCUCACAACCAUGAGAACAACAAAUACAACUCGAAUGCCUCAAUACUCCCAUCCCCAGCUUCUGUUCAUGACACUCCCUUACUUGGAAAUUCAACAAAAAUUGACAAAAAUUUUCAACAAAACCACUUGUCGACGAGUUCACUUUCUGUUGCUCUUGUCGAUUCGAAUACCUCCUCUUCAACUCUAAUAUCUGGAAAUCAUGCCACUGAUAUGUCAACCUCUCAGCACCACUGCAUUCCAAAUACGAGCUCUCUUUCUCUCAACACAGAAACACUCACUUCAUCAUCAAAGGCUAAUACUCCUCCUACUACUAACAUUUCUGCUGAAAUUUUAAUGCAACGAAAACGAUUUUCUCUUUUUAGAAAACUAAGGGAAAAAUUCCAAGUGGAAAAAAUUGAAUUGGAACAGCAACGACUCGAACGAGAAAUGCAACUCUUGAAAAGUGAAAAGAAGAAAAAGAACCAUUCAGAAAUGAAAGUGAGAGAGAGUCCAUCAAAAAGAUCCAUCUUUGCCCUUUGUUUUGGUUUCUCGAAAGAAGUUAUUGAUGAUGAAACCUCUCCUCUUUCACGCCCAAGUGUCGAAAAAUCAGCUGCAAAAGGAAAUGUGUAUCUCGAUUCGUAUGAGCAAUCCAUUUCUGAAAUGUAUCAAAUUAUGCAUGACGAUAUGAAACGACAAUAUUUCAAGUUGUAUAGUUUGAAACAAUUCAACGCAGAGAAUUUGCUCUUCUACGAGGAUGUGAAACUCUUCUACAAGAAGAUUGUCUUAGAACUGAAAAAGCCAUACAUGACACUUUUCACUUCUUCUAAAAACACGUCCAUCCAAAAGAAUGAUUUAAUCCAUGACACUUCAUCUAGCAGCAAUAGGCAAUCGUCAUCCACAACAACCGCAACCACGAACACAACAAAAGUUACACACUCAAUCUCUCUUCUUGAUUCCACCUCAACAGCUCCAUCUUCUACAAGAAAAUCCAAAUUUCCAAGUAUUGGCUUUGCUUCGAAACGAUCUCAAGCACCAUCUGCUGGAGGCUCUUCUCCUUCUUCUCACUCCAAAUCUCUUUCGAGUACCUCCAUCAUUGAAACAAAGAGUCGUUUUGGCAGACAAGCAUCACCUUCUUCUUCUUUGGAAACAGCAGCUUCUCACCAAUCCUUUGCAUUCACUCUUCCCAAAAACUCUGAACUUGUUCAAGAUCUCUAUGAGAAGAUAUUCAGAAUGGCCGAAUACAUUGCUCUCAAGUAUUUAUUCGAUCCUGAAAGUGUCUAUUGCCUUAAUACAAGCAACAAAUUAGUGGAACAAGUGAAACAGAAAAUGAAAUUGCCGUGUUGGGAUUUCAUUGAUCAAGCCGAUCACUUGUUUGAUGAAGUUGUGAGUGAAUUGGUGAAAAGUGUGUUGCCUGACAUGUUCUUCCGUUUUGUGCUCUCAACUGAAUACAUGGAGAUGCAAGAACAGACUUUGCCUUUUGAAUUGUUUUCUUCGGAAUCAUCAAAACCAUCCUCACAAGCCUCCAAUAAUAUUCAUGAAACAGCACAACAUAUAUCACUUCUCCGAUCGAAUAUUAGUAAUUAUCACUUGUUAUCCAAAUUGAACCUGAGUGGUUUGCAACAACCAUGGAACCAUCCGACAAUUAUUACGCAACAUCAGAGGUUGAGUGAGGAGUUCAAUAACAAUUUGGCAGCGAAUUGUUAUUACUCUCCACUAGGAAGAAUAUCCUCUGAGAUUAGACCAGGCUAUUUUCAUUCAUCCAAUUCGCAUCAAUAA